AUGUCGGCGUUCCUACAGUUCCGUGCACUUAGUUCUCCCUUCAGGAGAGUAUACUCAGUCACCGCUCGCAGAUAGACUCGGAAUCCCUCUCAGAUCCCAACAUUCAGCUCCCAGGAGUGGUCCAGAGCUUCCCACCGGCAGAGCGGUCUGGCGGCGAGCCGAGGCUCCAGGCUGCAGGGAAAUGUUGGGAUCAGCCUCGAAUGUGACCAAGUGCUGGGCGCCAAUGAGAAGGAGCUGCUGCAGGGGCUCAAUGACCGCUUCGCCAGCUUCAUUGACAAGGUCCGCCAGCUGGAACAGCACAACAAGGCUCUGGAGGCAGAAAUCACCGAGUUGAGGGAAAGGCAAAGCUCCCAGUCUGACCUCGCUAAUGUCUAUGAGCCAGAAAUGGCCGAGCUCCGGAACCUCAUCCAAGAAAGCGAAAAGCAGAAGGUGGGGAUCCAGAUGGACCGGGAUCACUUCGAGGAAGAUCUCCGCCGAUUGCAGAGGAAAUAUGAGGAUGAGAGACAGGUCCGACAAAAGGUUGAAGCAAGUCUCCAGGCUUUGAAGAAAGACACAGAGAGUGUGCACAUGAACAAACUGGAACUGGAGAAGAAAGCUCAGGCGCUGGCGGAUGAGAUCGACUUCCUGAAGAACAAUCACGAGGAAGAGGUGGCUGAUCUCUUCUCUCAGAUCCAAGCUUCCCAGGUCGGUGUGGAAUUGAAAGACAUCAUGAAGCCAGACCUGACCGGAGCCCUGAGAGAGAUCCGGGCGCAGCUGGAAGGCUACACCACUGUGAACCUGCAGCACGCUGAGCAGUGGUUCACAGCGAGAGUGGCCAAACUCAAUGAUGCAGCAGCGAGCAACAGGGAGACUCUGCAAAGGACACGACAGGAAAUCAGUGAGUAUAAUCGCCAGCUCCAGUCCAAAAACCUGCAGCUGGAGACAGUCAGAGGGAGGAAAGAGUCUUUGGAGAAACAGUUGGAUGAGAUUGGAAACACACACCGAGCCGAAUUAAUGCGAUACCAGGAUGCCAUUCAACAAUUAGAGAACGAGCUGAGAAACACAAAACAGGAAAUGGCUCACCAACUCAGGGAGUAUCAAGCUCUGCUCAAUGUCAAACUGGCCCUAGAUGUGGAGAUCGCCUCCUAUAGGAAACUCCUUGAAGGUGAAGAAACAAGAUUUGGUGGUUUUGAUUCCCUGUCAUUUACCUACAAACCACAACCUUUAGUGAGUGCAACCUCUGUGAUAACUGAGACUAAAGCCACCCCUAUAAAGGUCAUACCUCAGUAUAGGUUUGUAGAAGAAAUUAUCAGUGCAACGACCAAGGAAGUUGAUAUGGCAGAGCUAGAAGCUCCUGAAAAGGAAGAAGAAGCUGUAGAGAAAGAGGAGGCUGAAGAGGAGGAGGAGAAGGAGAAAGCAGAAGAGGGGGAGGCUGCUGAAUCUCAAGAGGUAGAAGAGGAGAAGGCAGAAGAGAAGAAGGAAGAGGAAGAAGCUGAAGAGGUGGAGGCUGCUGAACCUCAAGAGGCAGAAGAGGAGAAGGUGGAAGAGGAGAAGGCGGAAGAGGAGAAGGCAGAAGAGGAGAAGGCGCAAGAAGAGAAGAAGGAAGAUAAAGCUGAAGAGGAAGGAGCUGCUGAAUCUCAAGAGGCAGAAGAGGAGAAGAAGGAGGAAGAGAAGGAGGAAGAGAAGGUGGAAGAAGAGGAGAAGGAGGAAGAGAAGAUGGAAGAGGAGAAAGCAGAAGAGGAGCAGAAGGAAGAAGAGAAAGCUGAGGAGAAGGAAGCUGCUGAACCUCAAGAGGUAGGAGAGGAGAAAAAGGAAGAGGAAAAAGAGAAGGAAGCUGCUGAUUCACAAGAGGCUGAAGAGGAGAAAGCAGUUCCCAAAUCAGAGGAGGAAAAACAUAAAGAGAAGGAUGUUCCUAAAUUAGAAAAGGAAAAGGAUGAAAAGAAAGAUGAAGAGGAGAAGGAUGAAGAGAAAGAGGUUCCUAAAUCAGAAGAGGCUGAAAAGGAUGAAGAGAAGGUGGAAGAACAAAAGACUAAAGAAGAAAAGACUGGAGAAAAAGAAGCUGUCCAACCUAAAGAGGCUGAAGAUAAAAAAGAUGAAGAGAUCAAAAAAGCUGAAUCACAAGAAGCUGAAGAGAAACCAGUUGUAGAAAAGGGAAAGGAUGAAGAGAAGGAAGUUCCCAAAUCAGAAGAGGCUGUAGAAAAGGAAGCAGCUGAACCAAAGGGGACCACAGAGGAAAAGGCUGCUGAUCCAAAAGUAGAGGGUAAGAAACAAGAUGUGGCCAAGGUAAAAGGAAAUGGCGAAGAAUUAAAAACCACUGAAGCAAAAGAAAAGACUGAAAAAGAAGUUGUUGAGAAAAUGGAAACUGUGGGGAAUGGAUCAACUGACACUGCAGAAAAGGGGCCAAAAUAAAGAAAAUGGAAAGUUGAGAAAGUAACUUCAACCAGCAGCGAAAGCCAAGAGGUGAAGAAACAGCUAUUGGCUAAACAAGAGAAAGGCUAGCUGCAAAUAUUGCCAAAUGUUGAAUAAGAAUAAAUAUUGAACGGUAAAAUGAGAAAUGCAUGUUAAUGGUCCACAAGGUCUGUGACUUCAGCAGUCUGAGAGAUUAAUGAUUAAAGUAUCUGUUUACAAAAUAGAAAAUGAGAUAUUCUCAGGGCAAUAAUUUGUUGCUGC